CCCGCAGCGCAUAAUAGCAGUAGCGGUAAUUCGAGGUCAGCCAGUUCAUCGACAUCGUCAGAAGAAUCUGUGCCUACUACGCCAAGUACCCCUAUGCCAGCCCCAUACCUUCGUCAUCACAGCCACAGCAAAACUAACAGCAGCAGCAGUGGUAAUAGCGGUACUAGUGGCGGAAGUAGCAGCAAUGCAGGUAGCGGCAAGUUGGCGUAUCCAGCUGCUGCUGUUGCUGCUGCUGAAGAAGAAAAUGAUGAUGUCGACAUUAAGCACGAAGGUAAUAGUAUAAAAGAGAGUAUGAGAAUUUAGCUACUCCUUCCCUCCAGUUUCUUUUUUGCUUCAGUCUCAUCAAACCCUCAAUAUUAUACAUUACCAAUAUACUAAGUCAUUUUAUAUGAAUUUGAUAGAAAAAUUUCGUCAGAGACGCCAUAACUCUGCUCCUCAUCACCAACAUAAUCGUGGUACUAGCGGAAGAGAUGGAGAUAAAUACUACGAUCAACACCGUGAUAUACAAAGUAACUACCAGCACCGGCAUCGUCCUUCCUUGCAGCACCACCGUUCAGCAUCGCUUGGCGAUAGACGAGUAGAAGAAGUGUUACACAAGCCAGAUCAUGAGACGUCUGCUCCUGCAAGACAGCAUCCCAACUAUAAGCAACAUUACUACAUUAACAAGAGCAGCAGCAGCAAGUCACCAUCAGCAGCACCAAUAUCAACUCCACCUGUGCAUAACCAGCCACCACCAUCACCAUCAUUACGCCGCACUAGUAGCCCACUAGCAGUGUCUGAAAACCGGCACGUGAAAAAACCGAGCAGUAGCAGUACACCAAGUCAUUCCAACAGCAACCGUCCUUCACCUCCUGCUGGUUACCAUAACCAUCACUAUCCGCAUCAUGCUACACAACAGCAGCACCCGCAGCAGCAGCAAAAAAGCGGAGCCUAUGUAUAUAAUCAAUCCUGCACCGACGCACGACGACGUGCUGAAAUGUUGCGUGCGGAAUCAACGAGAUCAGCCUAUGCUGCAACUCCACCAUCACCAUAUGUUGUUCCGACACACCAACGCCAUCUCUCGAAUACAGCGAUGUCUUAUCCUAUCGUCCCUGUUAUCUUGAUGGCACCCACCCCACCCCCACACGGCAAAAGCAAUAGCUACACAGGCAUUCAUGGUAAUGACAGCGGUGCUAGCUGGAUGAUGCCCACGACGGUCCCUGCCAACAAUUUUAAGUAGUACAUAGUAUUCCGUAUACAAGUACACUAGUUUAGUAUAACUCCA